CAUAACCGAUUCUCUUGUGUCUUUAGCCUUCAAGAUGUACAAGCCCGACUUUGUUCACAUUUUGCUGGAUUCCAAAAGUCUGUUGUGUUGUUUGUCUUUGAUUGUCUCAGUUCAACAGUGAUUGAAUAAUUUCAGGAGGUCUACUCGAAUUGUUGCCAUGAUAUUCUUCUAAGAAGACAAAAGAAACAAAACAUAGAAAAUUUACUCCCACCCACAGGCAAGAAAACAGGGGAGAAAGAAAGCGAGCGAGAGAGGGAGGGAGAAUGCGUGUGAGAGAGAGACAGGAGGAGAGACAGAGGGUAAGAGAGGGAGAACAGUCGAUGGAUGCUGCUUGGACAGAUUGGGUGGUAUAUUCUGCAUGCUGCAGGUAUGGAUGGCAAAGGAAGACACAUUCCUCCAGCAAUGGUAUGGUGUGAGAGAGGCAUCCAGGUGCUUCUCACCACUGUGGGCGCCUUUGCUGCAUUUGCCCUGAUGACAGUGGCCAUCGGCACAGACUAUUGGCUUUACGCACGUGCCUUUAUCUGCAACAGCACUGCCAACACCACUCAGGAUGACCCUCACAACAAGGACAAGAAAGACCCUGGAGCCCUCACCCACUCUGGCCUCUGGAGGAUCUGCUGCCUUGAAGGGUUAAAAAGAGGCAUGUGCUCCCAGAUCAACCAUUUCCCAGAGGAUGCUGAUUAUGACCAGGAUGCUGCAGAAUACCUCUUACGUGUAGUCAGGGCCUCUAGUAUAUUCCCCAUUCUCAGUGCUAUACUGUUGCUGCUAGGUGGAGUUUGUGUGGCAUCCAGUCGCUUCUACAAGAGCAAGAGGCACAUUAUCUUGGGAGCUGGCAUUCUGUUUGUUGUAGCAGGCCUGAGUAACAUCAUUGGUGUGAUCGUGUACAUCUCAGCAGCACUGAGUGACAUCUCACCAAAGAAGGAUGAAGACAAGAAGUGGCACUACUCCUACGGCUGGUCUUUUUACUUCGGUGGCUUGUCGUUCAUCCUAGCUGAGGUGGUGGGUGUGCUAGCCGUCAACAUCUACAUUGAGCGCAACAAGGAGCUGCGUUGCCGAUCACGUGCUGACCUCUUCCACAGCACUACGUCAGCUGUGCUGCGGUUGCCCUCUUACCGCUUCCGGAGGGGCCGCCGUUCCUCACGCUCCAGUUCACGCUCUACAGCUGAGCCUCCACGUUCAUGCGACCCCUCACCUCCUGGCCUUGGUGUCAAGAACUUCAGCCCACCAUUAGCCACCGGCCCACCGCCAUUCUCGGUGGCUACGUUGCCUAAUCCGCACACACAUUCGGGAGGAGGUGGAGUUGGGGACAUCUCCAUGUACACGCUGGGCAGGGAAGGUAAGCCACCAAUGUACGGAACAGUGGACCGUGCUUCUCUCUACCAGCUUCACAACUACUUCCCGACAAAGGAAGGAGGAGCAGGGACACUCAUGACUGGGACGUUGCCAUCGCUUUCCAAAUCAAACCUGGCUUCAUCAGCUAACGCCUCGUCUUCCUCUGGUCCUGGGGUUCAAUCAUCCUCACUUACAGCUGGGAAUACGGCGACUAUGGAGAGAGAUAGGGGGCUUGGCACGCUUGAUCGGCUGGGGAAAGGUGAUAGCAGCAACACCAACACUCUCAACAGGAGAACGACCCCUGUGUAA